UUUUGUUUAAAUUAUAAUUUCCUGAUCACUUUAAUGCUGUGUAAUUCUCAAACAUGAUACAGUUCAAUUGCAGGUGCAUUUGAUUAGAAUAUGUCUUAUUUACUCCGCUGUGUGACAUGUGGAGCAUUAAAGGGAUGUAGAAAACAAAGUCAAAUAAACAAUUUAUCACCUGACAGGGAUACUGUGAGUGUGUGUGUGCGUGCGUGUGUGUGUAUGUGUGUGUGUAAAAGGGAGAGAGAAAAAGAGAGAGAAGGGGGAGGAUGCUUGUGGCUUCAGGUUUUUGCAGAGCUCAACACAAUUUCACCCAGGAUUGGAUCGGUGUGUGUGUGUUCCAUCCCGUGAAUGUCUAUAGUGCCGCACCCUGUCCUCCGUGCGUAAAACCUCGCACGUACAUCAUCAUCAGCAUCAUCAUCACACACCACGUUUCAUUCUUCCAGCAGAGUCUUGGGAGCAGCGGUGGGUAGCGGCUCACCUCGCGGACAGGUCGCACUCAGAGAUGGGAGAGGAGCGGCUGCUAUGACACGGACACACCGGGCGGGAAGGAUGGCUCUCACCAGCCGAGGAAUGUUUUGCUUGAUCGGAUCCGCCUGCCUCUGGCUGCCGUUGUUGGCGGAGGUGGUGGCGGAGGACAGUUACUUAAACGAGGUGCAGAACUCAGUGCCUCUGUCCUGCUCUGAGGGAUUCACAGAGUUGGGAUACUACAACGGCACCGUGUCCCAGACGGACUCUGGCGCCCCCUGUCUGAAGUGGACCGAGUUUCCAGACUACGUCAUGCAGUACCCGGGCCGGGGGCUGGGGGACCACAGCUACUGCAGGAACCCCGACCGAGAGUCCAACCCCUGGUGCUUCUUCAGACAAAACUCUGGAGCCAUCGGAUGGGCCUACUGCGACUGCCACCAGGGUGCGGCGCGUCUGGUUGGCAGCUCGGCCUCUGGGAGUGGCCGUGUGGAGGUGUACCUGAACGGCCAGUGGGGGGCGGUGUGUGAUUCCCACUGGACCGACAGAGACGCCAGUGUCAUCUGCAGGCAGCUGGGCCUCGGGGACAUUGGAUCAGCGGUGCAACGCUCUCAGUUCGGCUCAGGCUCCGGCCUCUUCCAUUACGAGCGUCUGGGUUGCCGCGGCGACGAGAACACUCUGAGUACUUGCCGCGGCCGGACAUUCGUCACCGGCGACUGUAGCCAUGGAAACGAGGCAGCAGUGGUGUGUGCACCACCGGAAGGCAGUGGACCUCCGCUGCGAUUGGUCGGAGGCGAGGAAGACUUUGAAGGUCGGGUGGAGGUGUUUCACACAGGAAGGUGGGGCUCCAUCUGCGACGACCAGUGGGACGACAGAGAUGCUGAGGUGGCGUGCAGACAGCUGGGAUUCGGGGGCGUAGCGAAGGCCUGGUCGUGGGCUCACUUCGGUCAGGGGUCCGGCCCGAUCCUGCUGGAUGCCGUGAAGUGCACAGGAAACGAGCUCUUCCUGGACCAGUGUCCCCACGGCGACUGGGAGCAGCACAACUGUGACCACAUGGAGGAUGCUGGGGUCUCCUGCAGCCCGUAUACAGACGGGGUGGUGCGCCUGGUUGGAGGAGACAGUCCCUGGGAGGGGCGGGUGGAGGUUUUCCACAGCGGGGACUGGGGGACGGUGUGUGACGACCACUGGAGCCAGCAGCAUGCGGAGGUGGUCUGCAGACAGCUGGGCUACAGGGGUCACGCGGAGGUCGUAUCUGACGGGAUGUUUGGCGAGGGCGUGGGUCUGAUCCUCCUGGACGAUGUCCACUGUGAGGGGUCCGAGACAUCCCUGCUGGACUGUCCGCACGGGAUCUGGGGCCGGACCGACUGCUCCCACAGCGAGGACGUCGGGGUCCGCUGCAGAAAACGACCCAGCCAAGAAACCAACCAGGUGCCGGUCAUCGCACCUUCCACAGGUCCCCUGGUGCGUCUGGUGGGUGGCAGCAGCAGAAAGGAGGGUCGAGUCGAGGUGUAUCUCCAUGGUGACUGGGGAAGUAUUUGUGACUCAGGCUGGAACGACCUGAAUGCAGCCGUGGUGUGCAGACAGCUCGGACACAGUCUAGGAGCAGUAGCAGCGGGGGGGUUCGGUCAGGGCAAGGGGCCGAUCCACCUGGACCAGGUGAGGUGCACGGGGAAGGAGGAGUUCCUGGGGGAGUGUCCCUCUCUGGGCCAGAGCACCCAGAGCUGCAGGCGGAGGGUGGAUGCGGGGGUGAAGUGUGACGCCCCCCCGAGGGAGUCAGCGGCGGGGGCCAAGCCUCGGGAGCUGAGCUGUGGGCUGAGGAAGCUGGGGGAGGAGGAGAGCAAGAGGGAGAGCCAGGGGGAGGGAAACAUGCUCAGCACCUCGUGGCCCUGGCGGGUGUCGGUGUGGCUCCACUCUCAAGAAGAUGGCGGCCCCCUCUGCAGUGGCACACUGAUCAGCCCCUGCUGGGCCCUGACCUCCGCCUCCUGUGUCAGCAGGUUGGGCAGCGACCCCUCCAGGUACGUGGUGCGCGUCGGGGCGUCGGAGCAGACCCUCACUCCGCAGCAGGUGGUGGUCCACAGGAAGUUCAAAGGUCAGAGUGGAGGUCACGAUCUGGCUUUGCUGAAGCUUCCCAGCACCAAGGGCCACUGCCUGACGUUCGACCCCAACACCAACGCAGCAUGCCUCCCAGCUGCAGACGCUUCAUCAGGAGGGAUUCCUCCUUCUUCUUGCGUUGUCAUAGUUACCGCUGGUUUGACAGGACCAGACUCAGUUCUUGCAUCCUGGGUCCCUCUGAUGUCGUCAUGGCAAUGUAAGAAGCGCUAUGGCGACAGCUUCUCCAGCCACGGCACCCUGUGCGCCGGCAGCCCUCCAGACACCAGCCUCCUCCACGACAACGGUUGUCAGGGCAACUCCGGAGGCGGGCUGGUGUGUCAGGGGGAGUCCGGUCGAUGGUUCCUCACCGGGGUCGUCGCCGGGGGUAACGGCUGCUCCGACCCAUCCUCCCCGUCGCUGUACACUCGAGUCAGCCGCUUCAAGAGCUGGAUCGAGGAAGUCACCGACACACACCCAGAGGAGGCGCACACACACACAGACACACAACAAGAUCUCACACAUGCUGACAGUGACCCGACACACACACACAGCGAGGGCAAGAGCGAGCACUCCCACGUGCACAAACACACACACGAUCAACAGGAAACAAAUGAAAUCAUUGAUAUUACUAAGAAACACACUCAUCAUACACACACCAAGCAGCACGUUAACACACACACACACACACACCACGGAGGGGAUGACACAGACGCACAGAUCCUGGUCUGAGUGAAGCUGACCAUCUGACCAUGUGAGCGCCUGAGGAGGAGGAGGAGAGUUACAGGAAGUAAACAUUAAAGAAAAGAAAGAUGCCUCUAACUUAGGUCAGUGCAAACAUGUCCGAUCUGAACUCAGCGGUGUGUGUGUGUGUGUGUGUGUGUGGGCAGACCUUGCUGAGUGUGUUUGGGUGGGUUUGAGUUGCUUUACAUGUGAGUUACAGCCCGACGAGAGGCCGAACAAAGACGUUUAGGUUGAGCCUGGCAUGCUGAUCGAGGCCUUUCACUGAUACCCCAAAAUCAAAAAAAUCAGCAUGGCAUGUAUUUUAAGGUGUUCUAAAGAUUCCGGGGAUAUUUCUGAAGGUCACACGAGACUCUAUGCUAACAAUUCACCUAUUAUUGUGCGUCUUUUGUCUGUUUAGUGACGGAAAUCAACUAACUAACCACCAGAACAUCUAGAAUAAAGGCUGACUGUGUUAUUGUUGUCCCUCUAACAUUAUAGAUGAAACUCAGAUAUGGGCUUUUUUCCCGCAGGGCUCGUCUCUUCAGGCUGUUGUCUGUUUCCUAAACUGAUGAAAGUGCUGUUUAGACCCACGACUAAGCUAUUUAUCUUAGGACCAUACCAGUGAUUCUUCAUGUUUUAGUGUAUUUAUCCCCAUUUCCAAUGAUGUAUGUGUCUACUGUUGACUAUUUAUAACUAUAAGGUUAAUUACAUUUGUGCUGUACCUACGUAAUGGGUGCUGCUUAUUAAUAAGGAACACUUGUUUUAAAAGGUUAAAAGUGUUUAUUAAUGAAGAACUAACAAAUACAAGAUCAGCAUUUAAAGAGAGCAGGUUUAUAAUAAGGUCUCACUUCUGCUGUUGGCUAACACAACUUAGUUUUUAAGGACUUCUUAGCAUUUAUAAAGGGAGGCUUGAUAUCAGAAAGAAAGACACUGAGUAAUUAUUCAGGAGGUUUUCUACCUGAGUGGUAAAGCAAUACAAACCAUCGAUAAAGGCAUAGCCAACAUAGUUUAAAACCCCUUUAUAAUGGAGGUUUCGUUAUAAAGUGGCUGAUGGUGUACUGUGGAGAGCCUCACGCACUUAAGCAUCAUAAAUGUGAGGAUUUUCUUUCCUGGAAGCUGUUGGUUUUCAUUGAUUUCACAACGAAAACCUGUUAAAUCCAUCACGAUAAAUGUUAAAUCUGCAUUAUUUCUGUUGUCAGAGCCCCAUUAAUGCUGAGAGGUCCCGCAGUGCUUACCUUCUCAGAUCAAUUCAGCUGCAUUACCUCGCAACAGUAAUGGGAAAAAAAAGACUUCUUGCAGACAUGGUGAUGGAAUACUCAACUCACUCAAGCUAAUUGAUUUCAAUUCCAAAGGGAAAACUAUAGAAACAAUGGCAGCUCAAAAAAAACCUACCAAAUGGUUGUCAGCAAUUAUAUCAAGUGUCGGUCAUUUUUAGUUAUAGAUAAAAACUUGCAAAAACAUCGGUGUGGUCCUUUAAAACUGUACAGGACACUUCUCUCCUUUGAAAGCCAUUGUAAGAUGACUUUCGGGUCUUUAAAUAUCUUUUUGUAUGAUUCCAGCAGAAGGUUCUAGAUAGAUAGAUAGAUAGAUAAAUAGAUAGCUCUCCUCCUGAGAUUAGAUAUUCUGUGUUACUGCGUUCUCUCUUAACUGAAUUAGAUAGCCGAUCUCUCGAAGUUAAAUGUUGUCUGUUAUUCUGCGAGCGGAUGUGCCAUCCAACCAGAAGAUGGCAACAUUGCUCUAUUUUUUCACGGGGCCCCGCCUGCUGGAUAACAUGGCCCUGAUACUUCUUUUUAUACUGUUGCUAUAAGUGUAAGGACUUGUGCUUUGAUGUACUGUGAACCAUUGUGAAGCAUCUUGUAGCCUGCAGCUGCUGUUUCUCCAACCUGUCUGCUGUUAUAAUCCUGUACAUUAAUCUAACACCUCCUUCCUCCCUGACGAUUGAUGUGUUACCAUGCAGAUCCUGUAGGUUAAUGUAAAUACUGUGUGUCUGAGGGAGCAGUGUGAAGAGUUUCCUGGUGUUACACCUGUCAGCUGCUCCUCAGUGUAAUGUGCUGAAUCAUGGUUGAGUAUUAAAACAUAUACCUGGUGAGCCCUCA